GCUGGUUUGUUUUGAUACGAAUUAUAAUAUAGAUAUUAUCUAAUUUUAUUCGAGAACCGUUUAAACUGUGAAUAAAAUUAUUAAACGGUUUUAAGACCGAACUUAUUGUUUUAUUGAAAUGGUGAAUUUAUCAGUGUAAACCGUCAUAAUAAAGUGGUUCUAUAAUUUAAAUGUCAACAUAGCGGUAGUAAUGGCGUCUGAAAACGAAGCUUCUUGUGAAAAUGAUCCGAAUUUUCCUGUUAUUUGUGCUUUUUUCGAAAAGUUUGGAGAUGCGUGCAAUUUACCAAAACUUGACUUUUUGGAAUUGCAAACUAUGCUGGAAAAUACAACCGAAGUUCCACCAGCACUUUUGGCUUUGACCAUAAAACUAUUAAGAAAAACUAGAAAAACUGUACACAACGAUAAGUGGGAAAGGGUUCUUGUACAAUUUUGCCAUGGAUAUUCAUCUAUAGAUGCCUGGGAGAUUGAACGAUUUGGAUAUAAAAAAUCCAAACUAUCUUGCAAAAUUAGAGCCCUUAAGGAACUUUUGGAGGCUCAAUUUGAUUAUCAUGUUAAAUUUAAAAAUGAUAUCAAUAAAAUGUCAGCCCAAGAUUUGAGGUCUCAACCUUUAGGUAGAGAUAAGCAUGGACAUUCUUAUUGGUAUAUGAGUGAUGAAAAUUGCCAAAUUCGGGUUUUUAAAGAAGAUCUUGAUGAGGAAACCAUCACUCUUAUUGCUAAAGACAGACAAGGCUUAGUAUCCUUGAUAACUGAAUUAGGAGGUGAGAGUGAUUCAAAAAUAAGUUCAGAAGAUAGUAAUAGUUUGUCUGAAAAACCCUUGGUGGAUACUGGACAAGUAGAUUCCAACUCAUGUUCGGAUGUGUUAAAGAAAUCUGAAGAAGAUAGCAGUGAUAUGAGCAUUUCUGUUCCAGAUAUUAAGGACUUUAAAAUAUUGUUACCAAAAGCAGAUUUAUCUCCAGAAGAGAAAAUAGAGGAGGGUAACGAUGAAGCAGAACCUGUUGAAGAAGAGGAGGAGGAAGGCGAUGAUGAGGAGGAGAAGGAGGAAGAAGAGGAGGAGAAGGAGGAGGAGGAAGAAGAGGAGGAGAAGGGGGAGGAAGAAAAAGAACUCAAAAAAUUGGAAAGUAAAGGAAAAAGAAAAGCUAAAGAAAUUAAAGAAUCGAAACCUGGCAAAAGGGGUAAAGUUGAAAAUAGGGAAUCAAACAACGUGGUUUCAAAGGAAAUUGAAGAACCUGUUAUGAAAAUUAAAGGUGAAGGUUCUGGAGCAGACAAUAAAGAUUCUAACAUCAUUUUGGGUGAAGUUAUUGAGGAAGAGACAAUAUAUUUUUAUGGGGAAGGCAGUGGAAGGGAAUGUGAAACUGGUAAUGAAGACCAAAACAAAAAUGUGUCUGAAGAAAAUAAAUCAGAAAGCAGUAUUAACAAAAAAAGUAAUGUAAGUAGUGUAAAAAGUGAUAAAUGUAUGCCAAAAGAAGUUCCUAGUUCACCCGCCAAUAAGACUGAUGUAUCCGAUAGUAUAGAAAAUAAAUCUCUGGAAACCACUCCAAAAAAAUCUAUGUUUUUUUUCGGUUCUUUUAAUUCCAAAGCGUUAUCGCCUUCUUUAACUAUGGGAUUUGGGCAAAGUCCAAAAAAAGAAAAUGAAGAAAACAAAGAAGAAAAAAGUGAAGACCAUGUUUCAGAUUUGUUGGAAAAUGGCAAAUCUGAAAAAAAUGAACCUAAAGAAGAAAAUAUUGAAACAUCCAAACCUAAAAAUGCAAAAAGUUUAGAUGUUAUUCCAAAAGAUAAAGACAAAUCUGAAAAGGAUAAAAAUAUGUCUAUAAAAGUUGAACAAGAGGUAGGAGUUAAAGUUAAAAAAGAUAUUGACAUAACAGAAGAUGAAAGUAAAUUGGAAAAGCCCAAAGAAGCUAUCAGUAAUUCAAAAGAAACCAAUGAAACAAAAAAAGAAUGUAAAAUUCGAGUUAAGGAACCUUUAGAAGAAAAAGUUUCAAAAAAUAUUCCAAAAGAAGAUUCCAAGAUAAAAGUGGAACAGGCUUUGAAAGAGAAAAAAGUUUCAAAAGAGGUAGAAUCUAAAAUCAGUGUAGAAAAAGUUGAAGUUUUAAACAAUACACCAGUUAAUAAAGGCGUUGAAGAACCAAAAGUAUCAUGUACAAAAUUAAAUGAAAAUACGGAUAAUCAGGGUACACUAAAUAAAGUAACAGAUGCAGAAUCAAUUAUAGAAAAAGAAGCGGUUAUUGAAGAAGUGUGUGUUAAAAAAGACGCUUAUAAGUGUGUAGAAAACGCAAUUAAAGAUAAAAAAGAAAAUACAUCAGCAGGCAAAAAAAAACUUACAGAAAGAAAGGCAGAAGAAACAGUAGAAAAAAAGGUUGAAGAAAAAGCAGUAGAAAAAAAGGUUAAAGAAAAAGCAGUUAAAAAGAAGGUUGAAGAAAAAGUAUUAGAAAAAAAGGCAUUGAACAAGAAAGCUGAAGAAAAAGCAGUAGAAAAGGAAGCUGAAAAUAAAGUAGGAGAAAAGAAACUUGAAGAAAAAGAACCAAUAGCAAAGAAGUCUGAAGAUAAGGAAGAAGCAGCAAAAAAGAAACCUGCAAACUCUACAAAACUGCUAAGAAACAUGAGAAAACCAAAUCCGAAAAAGAAGACGGAGGAGUCUCCUAAGGAGCCCGCGGAAAUAAGAAUGACGAGAGGAAGGGGAAGACAGGUCGGGGAAGAGGGAUCUAAAAAGCCUAAAAUCACUGAAAAAUCAACGGAAGACUCCAGUGUUGCCAAAACAGAUGCUCUUACGGACGGAGUUGUAGAAUUACCUGGGUCGGAAGAUGAAGCUGACAACACUGAACCUCAGAAGCCGGUGAAUCUUCUUUCGCUUUCUUUUGAUUUCGUCGAAUCACCGAAUCCUGUUGAAAUGAAAACGACGAGGGCUCUUCGAAAAAGAGGCAGGGACGUUCAGGAGAAUAGUGCAGCUGGUAAAAAAAUCAAGCUGAAGGGAAAGCGCACCGUCGACUCGGAGUUGAGAAAAAGCGUGGAAGAGCAGAAGAAAAGGCAACAGGGCAGCAGCAGCGAGGAGGAACCGAAAAAAGUGCCAAUGGAGGGAUGCAAAAAGGGGAAGCAGUCUGUCAAAAAAGAGGCAAAUGAAGGCAAGUGUAACGACUCCGCAGUAGAAAUCAGCGACGAUUCCAUACCUGAAGUAAAAACGCCAAAGAAAAACAAAGCCAAACAACAUGCAAGACUAUUGGCAAACCUCGGCAUUACUGACCCCGAGGCAAUCGACACAACGCCCAGCGUAAGACAGUCUCGCAGACUGGCGCAACUAAAAAUUAAACAGCAAUCCGAAGUAACAGUGGUGGAGCAAAAAAGCCCAUCCCCAAAAUUGGAGAGCAAAAAGAAGUUAAAGAAAAAGAAAGGAGGCGACGAGAAAAACCGCAAACGCAAAAACGACAAUGAAGGUUCGAGCGGCGACGACGACGACAACGAAGGUGACAGCGAUAAGGCAAAAGACAGCAAGAAAAAGAAGAAGAAGAUGUGGCUGAAGCAGACAUUCGACGAGAGUAGGCCGUGGGCGUCGAGUGACGAGCACAGCGAACACAGCGAGGUGGAGGAAGAAGAGGAGGAGGAAGAGAUUAUAGAGGAGGACUACGAGAAGCCGCUCAAAUCGGAUCACGAGUUUUCGCCAGAGAGCGAAGACGAUCAGGAUGAGGAUUACAAGCCGGUGAAAAGAGCGAGAACAGCAAAAAAAGAAACUGAAGUGCUCGAAGACGUUGACGACGAAGACACUCCCUGUCAGAAAUGCGGCAAAAGCGACCAUCCCGAGUGGGUGUUGCUGUGCGAUAGCUGCGACAACGGUUGGCAUUGCUCGUGCCUAAAACCUCCUUUGCUCGUGAUACCCGAAGGCGACUGGUACUGUCCGCCGUGCCAGCACGAAAAACUUCUCGAGAAACUGCAAAUCAAACUCACUGAUUACGACAAAAAAUUAUCGAAAAAAAUGAUCGAGGAUAGGCGCAAAGAGCGGCUGGCGUACGUCGGUAUAAGUUUGAAUAACGUGUUGCCCACCUCUAAAAAGGGGCCGAGGAAGGCCAGGGAGCCUAGAGGGGAAGAUGAUGAGUCCGGUUCGGACGAAUAUUCUUCGUCCGAAGACGAGGACGAAAAAGAUAAGAGUAGCAGCGACGAUGGAAGCAGCACAAGCAGCGACGAACCGAUUUAUCAGCUUAGGCAACGCAGACAAGCGCAGAGCUACAAGUUCAACGAUUACGAUGAUUUGAUGAAGUCUGCAAUUGAGGACGGUAUGGAACCUUCCAAGCGUGAAGCACCUUGUCACGGUCGCGGCAAAGACAUAAUGACGAUAGUAAACGCCGCCAAAGAGGAAGAACGAGAGGAGGCGGAACGUUUGAAAAAAGAGAAAGAAGAAGCAGCCGAUGAGGACGAGGUGGAAGAAAAGCCACCGGUCGUGCCAAAAACACGCGACGUUGAAGACGACGAAGGCGAGCCCGAGAAAAAGUCGCACGUCAAAACGUCGACCAAAUUGAAGAAGAAGCACAGGAAAUUGAACAGUUUGGAUAUUGAAAGCGAGGACGAUUCCGAUGAAGAUUUUAAAGGAGCCAGCGGCACUGAUUGGGAAGAAGAAGAAGACGACGAUUUGGGCUCGGACGACAGCGAUUUGAUUCGCGGCGGAAAAAGAAAGAAUGCACCGACCAGGAGGUCGACGAGGACGCGCUACAAUCGCUACGACGACGAGGAUUUCAUUAACGAUAGUGAAAAUGAUGCACCCAAAAAAAAGAAGAAACGAUCCAUAUGGGACGAAUCGGACACUACGGAGGAGUCCGAGGGAUCGUGGGGCAACAGAAGUAAGAGAAAUAAAUCCAAGAAAAAGUCGAAGAAAAAGAAGAAAGAUGAUUCGGAUGGGGAGAGAAAGAAAAAACCGAAAAUAAAAUAUGGAGGGCUAGAGUCUAGCGAAGAGGAGAAAGGAAGGGGAAGACGGAGGACUCGCGGCAAAAAAACCACAUACGUGCUACCCUUGGAUUCCGAGGAGAGUGAGGAGGAGGUAAAGAAAAAAACGGAAGAAAGCGACGAGUAUGUAGCUAGUGAACUGGAGGAAGACGAAAAGGAGGAGAGCGACGAAGUUGUGGAUGAAGUGGAAGAAGAUUCUUCUUCGUCCGAAGACGUGCCGCUGAAAAAAAAUAAGAAAAAGAAGAACAUAAUCGAUGAAGACGACGAUGACGACGACGAAGAAAAAAAAUCUGAAAAACCUAAGAAAAAACUAGAGGAAGAGAAGAAGCUAGAAUCGAAAAAAGUAGCAGUGGAAGAGGACAUGGAAAAGAAAAAAAUCGACGAGGCGAUCAGAAAGGCGGCAGAGGAAGUGAAGGAAAAGGAACGCAAAAAGCUCGAGGAAGAGGAAGAGAAGAAGAAGAAGGCUGCGUUGCCUCUACCGCCGCCCGUAAAUCUGCACGAGCCGAUGAUCAGCGACUCGGCCUCGUUGAUGCACGCUGAAAACGAAGACGACGACCUAUCGGAACCUCCUGGCGUGUCGCUUCCCAGUUUUGCCGAAUUUGGUCCCCCUGUGGUCGUUGCCCCACCGAGAGCGACGCCUGUUGCUGUUGCCGUUGAACCAAGCAUAAAGAAACGAGCGAGUCCUAAAUCCAAAAAGAGUCUGGAACAAACCCUGGCCAAUCUGGAAACAUCGAACGAAAUAACGCUUAUUAAAAAAGUGUCGGUAAAACAGGAACCUGCCGCCCCGCAGAGUCGGGGCAGCAUUGAAGUGGCACCGGCGCCGCAACCGUUCUCGCAAACGCAGCCUGCGCCGUCUGUGAUCACUCGCAUGCUGCAGUCGACAACGCCGGUUGCUGUGCCAACACCACCCGGUGCGCAGCCGCGUCCGCAAUCCGGCAACAAUGCGCAGCCGCAGUACGGUACGAUUCGGCCGAAGCAGUUCGCCACGAUGCCGCACGAUUCCGACGAUGACGAGCCUAAGCAACUGCCGCCUAUUGGACCUCCUCCGGCGUCUCUUAGGCACCCGCCGCCUCAGCAUUUCAUGCAUGGACCAAGAGGCCCAAUGCAAGUACCGUACAGACCUGUUCCGCCGGCCGGCCUUCCAAUGAAUCACUACCAAAGAAGAAGCCCUCCGGUGCCGGCGCCGCCAACAAGAAUGCAGCAGCACCCGUUUGUACCUGCUGCCGCCGCCCCCGACAAAAGACCCCCGGUGCCAGCGGUAUCCGCUCGCCUUAACUUACCGCCUUCGAUCAGCGUCACUCCGGUAGUCCGGGCGGCGCUAUCGACGCCUUCGCCGGCCGCCCCUCAAAGACAAUACCCGCCCCCGCUCACUCCCGCCACCUACUACGAGGGCGACCCGACUAUGGUCGACGAGGAGUUUCAGCAUCCUCAGUACAACGAUCAGUACGAGGAGUCGCCGCCGCCCGCUCAGCCGGAAACCACCAACGGAAAACCGCCAGGCGAGGGCGAAGGCGAAUUUGGAGGUUUGGUGUCGUACUUUUCCAGUCAGCAGGAAGAUGAUUUAGAAGCCUAGGUAAGCCAGUCAAUUUAUAUACAGGAUGUAUAGAACCUUGAAAAAAUUUCAAUUGGGAAAAAAAAUCUGAUGCAUGGCCCAAUGCAAAGUACACCUACCUCACUUCAAUCUUUAUAUUUUGUAUGUCCC